GAAAUUUGAUCCGAGUCGCUUUGAUCGUACUAUCAGACUUUCUUCGGCCCCCAAAUUCCGAGUAGAUCCUAAACUUCAACGUCGGAUGAUUUUCAGUUGAACCAUGCCCAUGAGAUACAGGAUACGAAACUUGUUCAGGAAGAACAAACGGAAACGUCUGGCAUCGGAGAACGAACCGGACUCCACUGAUAACAGCGGGGGCGAUGCACAGGCCCCCAGCAAUGAGGAUGAAGCCAAGAAGGAGAAUCGAGUGGAGAUCCUUCCGCCUCCGCCGAUGGAGGGCGAGAUGCCGUCCUACUUUCAUGUGGGCCUCCUGGCCAAGAUGUGCCUUACUCACGGAUACUCCAAUGGCCUCUGGAAGCUGCAGAGCACCUCGAAGACCGAGAAGGACUUCUUCCUCAGCAGCUUCGGCGAGGGCUAUCCGACCUGGACCUCCGUCUACGGAGGACUGGAGGCCUACAAGGAGGAGGGUAACCUUCAUGCUUCUCUUGCCUGGCUGACGGACGGAUUCUUGCUGUCCGACAUCGGUGCCCGUGGAGAAGCUCUCGGCGGGACGUGUUCCGCCGUCUUGAAGUCUAUGCUCAGCACGAGUAACGGAUGUGAGUACCAAUGCAAGGUGAAGUGUGCUUUCGAACGCAAGCCCGUGAAAGCAGAGCUCUAUGUUCCGAUUUACAAGGAUCCCCUCUUCAUGGGCUACAUUCUGGGUGAGCCUGCUAAAAAUUAUCUGUUGGGUUACCGCACAGUUCUCAAUGUGGAGGAUAGAAAAUUCGACAUGCAUGCCUUUUGCGUGGGUUAUAGCAACAAUUCCACAGAAGUGGGACUAAAACUUGAGAACUUCGAGACCAUUCGAGGAUCGAUCUUCCAGCGCAUUGGCGAAAAGUGGGCCCUGGCCUUGAAGGCAGACCUUUACGGAAACGUGAAUGCCAAGAGAGUUCACGUUGGGGGCCAGUACGAGCUGGAGCCUGGCACCUUGCUGAAGGCGAAAGUGCGAGGGGAUACUCGCAUUGGGUUUAUAUACCAGCGAAAAAUUCGUGAGGACAUUGAAGCCCUGUUUCACGUUUCUUUUCAGGGAAACGAUCCCAUCAAUGGAAAGCAUAAAUUCGGCGCCUCUUGGUACUUCAAUAUGUAGGCGGUAAAUGACCGUCUUUUGGCUGAUUAAAAGUUAACAAAUAUAUUCCGAAAUAUAAAUUAGUUUAGUUUUGAUUAAAACUUA